AGUACUCCAGAUGCACGGAGACACCUGUUUACAGAAAUGAAAGCCGCCAACAUCAAGGAAUUUCUGCGCUCCUUCACGAAACUCCCUCAUGUGGCAGGAACAGAGCAGAAUCUUCUCCUGGCAAAGGAAAUCCAAGCCCAGUGGAAGAAUUUCGGCCUGGAUACAGCCGAACUUGUUCAUUACGACGUCCUGCUCUCCUACCCGAACGAAAGCGCCCCCAACUACGUGUCCAUUACAGAUGAGCACGGGAACGAGAUUUUCAACACAUCACUCUUUGAGGUCCCUCCUCCAGGAUAUGAAAAUGUUUCUGGGGUGUUGCCACCAUAUAACGCUUUUUCGCCACAAGGCGUGUUAACGGCAGAUCUGGUGUACAUUAAUUAUGGGCGCACUGAAGACUUUUUUAAGUUGGAGCGAGAAAUGGGAAUCAACUGUACGGGGAAGAUUGUCAUUGCCCGAUAUGGAAAGAUCUUCAGGGGAAAUAAAGUUAAAAAUGCCAUGUUAGCCGGAGCUAAAGGGAUUAUCCUUUACUCAGACCCUGCUGAUUAUUGCGCACCCGGAGUGAAUCCCUAUCCAGAUGGGUGGAACCUUCCUGGAGGAGGAGUCCAGCGUGGGAAUGUUUUAAAUUUAAAUGGUGCGGGAGAUCCUCUCACCCCGGGGUAUCCAGCAAAAGAGUACACCUUCAGGUAUGAAGUUGAUGAUGGCGUCGGGAUUCCCAGAAUCCCAGUUCAUCCCAUUGGCUACCACGAUGCGGAAAUGCUAUUACGUUUCAUGGGAGGCCCUGCAGCCCCAGACGAGACUUGGAAAGGAAAUCUCAGCGUGUCCUACAACAUUGGACCUGGAUUUUCAGGCAGUCACUCUACAAGGAAAGUGAGAAUGCAUGUUCACACCGUCAGUAAACUUACACGCAUCUACAACGUGAUUGGGACCAUCAAAGGAGCAAUGGAAUGCGAUAGGUAUAUUAUUUUCGGAGGCCACAGGGAUUCUUGGGUAUUUGGUGGGAUCGACCCGACUACGGGAGCAGCCGUUUUGCAAGAGGUUGCCCGGAGCUUUGGCAAGAUGGUGAUGAGAGGUUGGAGGCCUAGAAGAACUAUCAUUUUCGCCAGCUGGGAUGCGGAAGAAUUUGGAUUAUUAGGAUCCACAGAGUGGGCAGAGGAGAAUGCCAAAAUUCUGCACGCCCGGGCUGUCGCUUACAUCAACACAGAUUCUUCUAUAGAGGGCAACUACACACUGAGAGUUGACUGCUCUCCCCUUCUCAACCAGCUGGUCUACCGGCUGACCAAAGAGCUCUCAAGCCCCGAUGAAGGGUAUGAAAGCAAAUCUCUCUAUGAGAGCUGGCUUGCAAAGGAUCCUUCCCCAGAAAACCCGCAUCUUCCCAGAAUCAACAAGCUAGGAUCAGGCAGCGAUUUCGAAGCAUACUUCCAACGUCUGGGGAUCACGUCCGGCAGAGCCCGUUACACUAAGAAUAGGAAGCUGGACAAGUUCAGCAACUACCCCGCCUACCACACCAUCUACGAGACCUUCGAGUUAGUCGAGAGGUUUUACGACCCCACCUUCCGGAAGCAGCUUUCCGUCGCUCGGGUCCGAGCAGGCCUGGUGUACGAACUGGCCGACUCCCAGGUCAUUCCUUUCAAUUGCCAAGAUUACGCGGAAGCUCUGAGCUCUUACGCCCAGGAGAUCUCCACCGUGGCCCAGAAAUACGAGACAGAACUCGCGACUUACGAAGUAUCUUUUGAUGCCCUUUUUUCCUCCGUGGCUAAUUUCACAGCAGCUGCAGCAGAUUUUCACCAACGGCUGUCACAGCUUGAUAAGAACGAUCUCAUGGCCGUGCGUAGCAUGAAUGAUCAGCUGAUGUUUCUGGAAAGAGCUUUCACCGACCCUCUGGGCUUGCCGGGCAGGCAGUUUUACAGACAUGUUAUUUUUGCACCGAGCAGUCACAACAAGUACGCCGGUGUCUCCUUCCCAGGGAUCUACGACGCCAUGUUUGACAUUGCGAGCAAGGAGGACCAGCGGGAAGCAUGGCGGGAGGUCAAGAGGCAAAUCUCCAUCGCGGCCUUCACGGUGCAGGCUGCCGCAGGGACGCUGACGGCCGCGGCGUAGGCGGCAUCCUCUGCAGAAGCCGU